AUAACUUAAAAUAAUUAAUGAAUUCAAUUAAAGAGUUUGUAUCAAACAAACAUAUUGCCAAAUAUUUAAUACAACGACAAUAAUAAUGAAUAAAUAAUUGUGUGAUGAAGUGUUGAUGUUUUUUGAAUAUGACAAAAGUGAUGGCUUUACCAGUGGUGGCAUUGCUUGUGCUGACCAUCGCAUCACAUCCAGUCAUCUCCGACUCGACAAUCGAUUUGGAGACCAACUCCGACACACUGUAUGAUACAGAGUCGUUAUGUAAGGGCGAGUGGAAGUUCCCAUACAAUUGCAAUACAUUUAACUGUGAUUACAAAGCAAGUUGGGAGUACUUGGAUGACAACGAUGAGAUCAUGUUCACCAUUAGCACCAAAAAUAGGAAUAAAUGGACGGGUAUUGGGUUUUCGGAUAACCAGGCUAUGCCUGACACCGAUGCUGUACUCGGAUUAGUUGAAGAGAGUGGAAGAUUCUUUCUAAUGGACAGUUGGCUUCGGGCCUAUGAAGCGCCUCCAUUAGAUCAGUCACAAAACCUGUACAAUAUGUCGGCCUGGCGUGAGAAUGGGAUCACAACACUUAGAUUCUUCAGGAAAAGACUUACUGGAGACAAUAGAGACUUCCAGUUUUCUGAUACCAACUGUCCUUAUCUGGUGUUCCCAGUGAUGGGAGGGGUUUUUAAUGCCGUUAAUAAAAGAAUCAGAAAACACGAAACAACUCCUUUAAUAUCAGACAGAAGGAUAUGUAUAAAAAGUUGUAGAGCACCGACAACUACAACAACUACUGCCAAUCCAGUGGCCAAACAGGACACCGACCACAAUGUCAAUGUUGUAAACAAUGAAUCUGUUCCUAAAACAACACCUGAAAUAAAGUCAACACAACCAUCAAAUGAAAUCAUUAAAGAUAAAGAAAACAACAAAACUUAUAGAAUAACAAUAAAAUUACCGGAAAUUUGGACACAAAGUAUGAAUAAUAAAAAUUCAGAGACAUAUAAGACAAUGUCUGCCAAUAUUCAGCAACACUUACAAAAUGAAAUGCAAACCAAAAAGCCUCGAGAGUUGAGUAAAUUAAAUGUCAAACAACUCAUUGAUUUGGAGGCCGACUCUAACGAUAUGGUGGCGACCUUUGAAUUGGAUGUUCAACAAAGUGAUGACAACAACCAAAACUUAGAAACAACUGUUUUACUAACAAAUGUAUUAAAUAGUAUUUUAAGCGAUGAAUUGUUAGGCGAAUUAAAAGUUAAUCCAAAUUAUUUGAUAAUAGAUAACAAAAAAGAAGUUGAAAGCAAUUUCAUAAAAGACUUGUUUGGACUCAAUUUAUUUAAUGAGGAUCAACUCAAAUGGUUUAUCAUAUUUGUUGGUAUCGCAGCUUUAAUAGUAUUGGUUAUAAUUCAAGCCUGUUGUAUGUUAUGGAGGGAUAGUAGAGCUCGUAAAGAGAAAAAUAAAAAUGAACAGAAAACAGCACCGGAUUCCCAAUGGAAAGAUUAUGCAGCUAUGAGUGCUCGUAAUGGUUACAGUGGUUAUGAUAAUUAUGGUGCAUCUGAUGAAAAUGAUGCACCAUUGAAUACCAGUGCUAGAAAUGACACAAUCAAUGGUAAAAAACAAUAUUAUAAAAAUAAUGCCGAAAAAAUGCCACAUAAAUAUAUGAGUGCAACACUAGAGAGACAACCGUCUCGUACGCACCGACCUAAUGACUAUCCGAGCGCUUAUGCCACUCACGACCGCAAAGAAAUAUAUAAUCGUCACUACAAUCAGCCCUCAUUAUCACCACAACUUCAACCAGACUUUUACUUUAUGCCACAUCAGAGACGAUAUUCAGGAGAAGUGGUUCGAGUCUUUGUCGACUAUAAUAAUCCUCAGUUUGCGCCUAAAUAGACAUCAUUUAAGAAUAGACAUCACUAAAGAAGAAAAUUCAUUUCUAAAUGUCAUUAUUUAAUAUCAGAUUUCAAAUACUCAUUUCAUUUGGUUUUUAAAUUUGAUAACAAACAACAAUUUGGUUAUUUAU